UCAAUAAAAUGUAAAAAAAUUGCAACAUCGCCAGUAGUGACAGGACAGGCUCUCUACAACUUUGAUAGCUAUCUAGAUAGCUAGCUUUUGAUUGUUUCAACUGUUUCUACAUAGUUUUAUUGAUUUGGCAACCGUGCUUAGUUGAGUGAUAGGUUGCUACGUCUGUAAUGUAAUAACAGUAGAAGAGGUAUGUGAGUGCCGCGACCGGCUGCCCGACCACCUAGUCCAGCAGCAGCAGGUCCUCAGUUAGCUACAGUACCUCAGUGUGCCUCAGUGCCCAACUCUCUCUCUCUGUAGGGCUGAAGGUAAGGGUGAUGUCAGAGGGCCUGGGGCCAGAGGGGGGGCACUCACAGCCUGCCCCCACCAUCACUGUUCAGGACCUGUCAGACAGACCUGCACAUACACCUCUGGACAGGAUCGCACCUGCGCACACACUUCUGGAAGGGAACACGCCUGUGGAGCAGGUGUCUGGCGUGGUGGAGGAGACCUCCCCUUCCUCCACUUCCUCCUUCGAGUUGGUUGACAUGGAGCCAGCCCCACCCCUGUACCAGCCCGUGCAACCCCAUUGGUUCUACUGUCGCCGUGCCGACUCCAAGGAUGUGUGGCUCCCUUUCAGCAGAGAGGACUCGGAGAGACUGGAACAGGCCUUGUCUACCGGAGGAGAGGAGGAGGUGGUGGUGGCAGUAGAAGGGGAGAGGUAUGACGUGCGUGUUCGGGAGCGGCAGAGGUAUGCGGUGUACUGGGAGCAGGGCCCGUCAGAGGUGCGACGCUGUACCUGGUUCUAUAAAGGAGAUAAAGAUACCAGAUACAUGCCCUAUCCUGAGGAGUUCAGCACCAACCUGGAGGAGGCCUAUAUGAUAGCAGUGACUCUAGAUGAGUGGAAGAGGAAGCUGGAUUUUCCUUCAGGAGAGACAGUCAUCCUGCACAACCCUAAACUGAUCAUGCAGUACCAGCCAAUCGCGUUGCAGGACGAGUGGGUCUCCUCUCCCUCGGAGCAGACUCGCCCACGUACUGUCAAGAGGGGUGUCGACAACAUCACAGCAGAGAUACCUGACGGUGAACCAGAGACAAUAGAUCACCUGGUAUUCAUGGUUCACGGCAUCGGCCCCGCCUGUGACAUCCGCUUCAGAUCUAUCAUACAGUGUGUGAAUGACUUCAGGAGUGCGUCCCUAUCCCUACUGGGGAGCCAUUACAGGAGAGGCCAGGAGGAGGGCAGGGUGGGCAGAGUGGAGUUCCUACCUGUCAACUGGCACAGCGCACUACACGGAGACGCCACUGGAGUAGACGAGCUCGCUGAUCCUGUUUGAUCUGCUGACCAAUCAGAAGACAGGAUCAGGAGAGGCAGACAGAGAUGAGGGUCGUAACCGUGACCCCUGCCCUCUGACCUGUGAUGCAUUGGAGCAGGCUCUAUGCAGAAUGGGCCUCCAGGAGCACCUGGCUACACUACAGCGUGUGGACCUAGACCUUGACUCACUGGCUAUGUGUGACGAAACUGACCUGACAGACCUCGGAAUCCCUCUGGGACCGAGGAAGAAGAUCCUCAGCUUCAUACGGAAGAGACACUUCCUACAGGAGGGUCGGCAGGGAACGGUGCUUUUGGCCCCCGGGCUGCAGGCCCCUCCAGACCCCUCCGAAGAUUCCCCCUCUCCCACGGUUAGCUUUGGCAACCAGUCUCCAGGGGCGUCAGCACGCCAACAGCAGUUUCUCAGAGCCCAGUCCAUAACCAGCGCCGUUGACUACGAAUACUUCGACGUGGGCAUUGGACAGGUGUCCAUUAACUACCCCCAGCUGGCAUUCCAUCCUCAGACCUUCUUUGCGUUCGGUUCUCCCAUUGGAAUGUUCCUGACCGUCCGUGGACUCAAACGCAUCGACCCAAACUACACCUUUCCCACCUGCAAGAACUUCUAUAACAUAUACCACCCUUUUGACCCUGUGGCCUAUCGGAUUGAGCCCAUGAUUGUGUCUGAGUCAGACCUAGAGCCCAUGCUGAUCCCACAUCACAAGGGCCGCAAGAGGAUGCACCUGGAGUUGAAAGAGAGUCUGACGCGGAUGAGUACUGAUCUGAAGAAUAACGUUCUCGGCUCGUUUCGUACUGCCUGGCAGUCUCUGGUCCGAAUGCCUGUCGCUGCACUGCCCCCUGUGGAGGAUGGAGAAACUACAGCAGAGAGAUCCCUGCAGGAGACAGAGACCCCUGCGGCAGCCUGCGCUGCUGUGAGCGAAAAGAGUAAGGCUGAUUUGUGGACUAAAAUUCUGGAGUGGCCCAAAGCCCUUCACUUACAUUACUUCCAAGGUGUACAUGAAGAGGCGGAGUCUCCAGGGUCGGGGGAGGACAGGGGGCGUCAGGUGAAGGUGGGGAUGCUGAAUGGAGGGCGGAGGAUAGACUAUGUACUGCAGGAGGCACCCAUUGAGAGUUUCAACGAAUAUCUGUUUGCCAUCCAGUCCCACCUCUGCUACUGGGAGUCUGAGGACACUGCUCUGCUGCUGCUAAAGGAGAUCUACGACAAACUGGGUGUGGCCUUUGAGCAGCCACAGCAAUAACAAAGGCUUUAUAAACACAGAGACCGGUAUAAAGGCUUAAUAACAACACAUGAAUUCCAUGGAGAUGCACCGAUGAGGCCCUUUGCUUUAUUAGGAGCUGAAAGGAGUAAGGCAAGUAAAGUCAGUAAAAACACAGAGAUAUAAAUAUUGAAUAACCACAGAGUUUUAAAGGCUUUAUAAACACACAGAUGGCUAUAAAGUCUUUAUACAUACACAGAGCGUUAUUUAUAAGUUACUAAAAUGUAAUGAAAGCAACAUGAAAAGGGACAUGCAGCCACUGCUCUCUCCCAGAAUGCCUUGUGUCUGAGCCUCAAAAAACCGUUGAGUCACCUCCUCGGACAGAUGGCGUCUGCCUCUGGGUGUGUGUGGCAGAAGUGUURCUUGAAGAACCAAACCUGUCCCAGCUGACAUGAAGAGGACUGGAGAACCCAUUGGAGAUGAGCUCAAGUACAUUUCUAUCUCUGAAAUUUCURGUCCUGUGACCACAUGGGCAGCAACAUUGAAGACUAUCCAAGUGAUCCCUCUACCCAACUCUAUGGGAGAACCAUAGUGAAGACUGGUUUUCCAUUUUCCUGAAACCACGCUGAAGGAUCUGGGUUUGAGCCGCUGGAUCCUCCUGUUGCAGGGGCAGACUGCAUUUAACAUGUGUGUUUCUAAAGAAUCAGAUCCUGUUUGAUCAUGUCUGGAUCAUAACUUUUAUAUACGUUAUUUUCAGGUCAUUUCUUUUUACUUUGCCUUAGACUUGACAUGUCCUAUAAUACAUUUACAACGACAGAUCAUGCAGGAUGAUAAUUCCUCUCCUGUGUGUUUAGUGCAUGUCUCCAGAAGGUUGUAUACCAGUACGUACUUGACUACCAAAAAGGUAACACUUUACUUAGAUGCUGCUUAAGGCUUAGAAAAUCAUGUUAUAAAGGGCAUUACAACUCUUUACGUCAUACAUAUGAAGGCUGCAUGUCACUCUUAAGUAAAGUGUUACCAUAAAAAGUACUCCACCCAUAAUUCCAGUGCAAUGUGAUGUUCUGAUAAUCUCACUCCUCUAGAUUAACUGACUGACUAUAGAUAAUUACGUUUUUGGACUUAUUUGUAUCAUGUAAAAGCUAAGUAUUAAAAUGAGUGUAAAAAAUAG